UCCCAGCUUUGGCACGGACUGAGUCAUAACAGCAUGUUAAAAGCCAUUCCCAGCUACCUAGUAGAUCUUCUGCCCCAAGUCUUCUGCAGCCAGCCCGUCUCAAAGCCUCUCUGUCUCAGAGUCUGAAGAUGGGGAUUUGGUUUGGCUUAGCUUGCGCAUUUGCUCUGUUUGUUCUUCAAUGUCUUGCCGCGCCUCUUCUGCAGUUAAAGGGAAGUAGCGUAGCGGCACGUGAGGACGGAAAAACCCACGAUGACCUGAUUCUUGCGGCCAAAUACCUGCAACGCUUCUACACUUUUCAUCCGGACCCAACCACCCGUAAAAAAAGAAGUCUUCCUUCAUUUUCCUCCAAAGUAAAGGACAUGCAGAGCUUUUUCGGGCUCAAUCAAACCGGCAUCCUAGACCAUGACACGCUGGCUGUAAUGAAGACUCCCAGAUGUGGCGUCCCUGACAUUGAGGAUUAUGUUCACCACCGAGGCAACAGGUGGAGAAAAACUAUAAUCACUUACAGUGUUGGGCGGUAUACCAGUGACUUACCCCUGGCUAUGGUUGACUCCUUGAUUGCUUCUGCUCUGGAUGUUUGGGCGAAGGCCAGCCCUUUACGGUUCUUCAGGUCAUAUUCCCAGCAUGCAGAUAUCAUGGUGGAGUUUGCCACCAAGAACCACGGCGACUCCUUCCCCUUUGAUGGACCUAGAGGCACACUGGCCCAUGCUUUUGACCCAGGAGAGGGCAUUGGAGGAGAUGUUCAUUUUGAUGAUGAUGAACAGUGGACAGCAAGUUCUACUGGGUUUAACCUGUAUCUAGUUGCAGCACAUGAGUUUGGGCAUGCUUUGGGUUUGAGGCACUCUCAAAACCCAGAAUCCCUCAUGUAUCCCGCUUACAAAAUCCGAAAGCCUCACAAUCUGCUUUCCAGUGAAGAUAUCAGAAACAUCAACGCACUGUAUGGACCAAGCAUUCAAAGGCAUUUUUACCCAAGGCUGAGUUGGAACUUUCCCUUUAACCCUUGGUACACUGGCUCCUAUUUCCCAAUGGGAUUAAAGGAUAAAUGCAAUCCUGACCUAUCUUUUGAUUCUGUUACUACUUUAGGAGAGGCUAUUUUCUUUUUCAAAGGAAGGUAUUUAUGGAUCAGGCACAAUAACAAAAAUGACAUAAAGGAGGGUCCCAUCAACAACUUCAUGCCAAACAUCAAUUCAAAGAUUGACGCUGCAUAUUGGGUCCCACAACGUUCAGCAGCCUACCUGUUUAGCGGGUCCAGAUACUGGACAGUCAAAGGGUCUCAGGUGAAAGGCAGAGAUAAAAACAUCAGCAGCCUUGGAUUCCCGGCCUGGGUGAAGCAAAUUGAUGCUGCGGUGCAUAUUCACAAAACUGUGCACACCUUAUUCUUCACUCAGCACCUCUACUGGAGAUACAACGAAAAUCAAAAGACCAUGGAGGAUUCUUACCCACGUAAUAUCUCAGAGGAUUUCCCAGGCAUUACCAAGCCCAUGAACGCAGCUGUUCACAGAAAUGGAUUUCUUCAUUUCUUCCUUGGAACAGAGGUCUACAAAUAUGACAUUAAACUUAAGAAGGUUGUUGGAAUUAGCAAGGCCUAUUCUUGGCUUGGAUGUUAAUACUUAAUUAAAUUAAAUAAUUUGGGCAGAAUAAAUUGGAAAUUAAAUGAUCAUCACAGCAACUUAUUGAUCUACUCAUGCUUUAGUAGAGCUCAGUAACACUGAGAUAAAUAACUGAUCAGCACAGUGAUUUAUCAGUCUACUCAUGCUUUAGUAGAGUUCAGUAACACUGAGAUAAAUAACUGAUCAGCACAGUGAUUUAUCAGUUUACUCAUGCUUUAGUAGAGCUCAGUAACACUGAGAUAAAUAACUGAUCAGCACAGUGAUUUAUCAGUUUACUCAUGCUUUAGUAGAGUUCAGUAACACUGAGAUAAAUAACUGAUCAGCACAGUGAUUUAUCAGUCUACUCAUGCUUUAGUAGAGCUCAGUAACACUGAGAUAAAUAACUGAUCAGCACAGUGAUUUAUCAGUUUACUCAUGCUUUAGUAGAGUUCAGUAACACUGAGAUUCUAAAUAACUGAUCAGCACAGUGAUUUAUCAGUCUACUCAUGCUUUAGUAGCGUUCAGUAACACUGAGAUUCUAAAUAACUGAUCAGCACAGUGAUUUAUCAGUUUACUCAUGCUUUAGUAGAGUUCAGUAACACUGAGAUAAAUAACUGAUCAGCACAGUGAUUUAUCAUUAUUCAUGCUUUAGUAGAGUUCAGUAACACUGAGAUUCUAAAUAACUGAUCAGCACAGUGAUUUAUCAGUCUACUCAUGCUUUAAUAGAGCUCAGUAACACUGAGAUAAAUAACUGAUCAGCACAAUGAUUUAUCAGUUUACUCAUGCUUUAGUAGAGUUCAGUAACACUGAGAUUCUAAAUAACUGAUCAGCACAGUGAUUUAUCAGUCUACUCAUGCUUUAAUAGAGCUCAGUAACACUGACAUAAAUAACUGAUCAGCACAGUGAUUUAUCAGUUUACUCAUGCUUUAGUAGAGUUCAGUAACACUGAGAUUCUAAAUAACUGAUCAGCACAGUGAUUUAUCAGUCUACUCAUGCUUUAAUAGAGCUCAGUAACACUGAGAUAAAUAACUGAUCAGCACAGUGAUUUAUCAGUCUACUCAUGCUUUAGAAGAGUUCAGUAACACUGAGAUUCUAAAUAACUGAUCAGCACAGUGAUUUAUCAGUCUACUCAUGCUUUAGUAGAGGUCAGUAACACUGACAUAAAUAACUGAACAUCAUAUGGAUUCAUCAAUCUACUUAACAGGACUGUCAAAGACUGCAAUCUGUUCUUGCUGCACGUUGUGAACUCAUUGAAAUUGUCAAUAAAAAGACAUUACCAGUG